GGAGGUUCAUAGCAGCAUCAGUGAAAACUUUCUGGGUGAAUGAAUGGCUUUAACAGGACAGAAGUCAUCCUGGAUUAAAUAAACAAAUAGUAGAACUACAGUAGUAGAGCAAGAGCGCCAGUCAUGGAGGCGACCGACUGACCAAGCCAGGGAACAAUGGGGCCAUUGGCAGGAGUCCUGAGUGUCUUGCCUGUACUUGGUGGUGAGGGGUUUUGAAGAAAAAUGAGCCAUUGUCUCUCUCUCUCUCAUCCUGCUUCCGAAUCUCAGCAGAGCUGAGCAACGUCUCUGGAAGCCGUCCCAGGAUGCUCCACCGUGAAGAAUACUAGUCUGGUCAAACCUAGCUGGCCCCAUGGAGAGAUUCUAGUUGAAAAGCCUCUAUGACCACCAUGAGCUGGAGCUUUCUAACUCGUCUUCUGGAAGAGAUCCACAACCAUUCCACCUUUGUGGGGAAAGUGUGGCUCACAGUGCUCAUCAUCUUCCGCAUCGUGCUGACUGCCGUGGGGGGCGAGUCCAUCUACUCGGACGAGCAGACCAAGUUUACCUGUAACACCAAGCAGCCCGGCUGUGACAACGUGUGCUAUGAUGCCUUCGCCCCGCUUUCGCACGUCCGCUUCUGGGUCUUCCAGAUCAUCAUGAUCUCCACCCCUUCGGUCAUGUACCUGGGCUACGCCAUCCACAAGAUAGCCCGCACCUCCGAGGUGGAGCGCCGGAAGUUCCACCACCGGAAGAAGCCCAUUCAGGCCCACAGGUGGAGGGAGAGCCACCCGCUUGAGGAGGUGCUGGAGGAUGAGGAUGACGAUGCAGAGCCCAUGAUCUACCAGGAGGAGGUGGUGGAAGUCCAGGAGGUCACGCCGGAGCCGGCCAAGCCUCAGAAACAUGACGGCCGCCGGCGGAUCAUGCAAGAGGGCCUGAUGAAGAUCUACGUCCUGCAGCUCCUGUCCCGGGCUGUGUUUGAGAUCGGCUUCCUGGCGGGCCAGUAUCUUCUCUAUGGCUUCCGUGUUAAUCCGUCAUAUGUGUGCAAUAAGGUGCCCUGUCCCCACAAGGUAGACUGCUUCAUCUCUCGGCCCACGGAGAAGACCAUCUUCUUGCUCAUCAUGUACGUGGUCAGCUGCCUCUGCCUGCUCCUUAACGUUUGCGAGAUGUUCCACUUGGGCAUCGGAAAGUUCCGGGACACUCUCCGCAAGAGGAAGAACCAGGGGGGGCGACGGCCCUCGUACAGCUACCCGUACUCCCGUAACAUCCCCACCUCUCCCCCUGGGUACAACCUGGUCAUGAAGUCAGACAAGCCCAACAGGAUCAUCCCCAACAGUCUUAUCACCCACCAUGAGCAGAACAUGACCAACGAUGCCCAGGAACAUCACCAAGAGUGCACCAGUCCAGACGAGAACAUCCCCUCGGACCUGGCCAGCCUGCACCGCCACCUACGGGUGGCCCAAGAGCAGCUUGACAUGGCUUUCCAGACCUACAACACCAACAAGAACCAGCCCACCUCCAGGACAAGUAGUCCAGUGUCUGGGGGCACCAUGGCAGAGCAGAACAGGGUCAACACAGCCCAGGAGAACCAAGGAGCCAGGCCGAAAUCAGCCACUACAGAGAAAGCUGGGACCAUUGUAAAAAACGGAAAGACUUCUGUAUGGAUUUAGGAAUUAUUAACGUCACUAAUCAUACUGAAAAGCCAUUUUGCAAUCUCCAGGACCAUAUUCUGUGGAUACUGGAAGAUGUGUGAGAUGAGACAAGAUUGUGUGAAUCGAUUGCACUGCCUGAAUACACUGUAAACAAUAUAAUAAUUUCAUUCAACAUACAAUUGUAAGGCAACCAGCUGCAAUAGGAUUGUGAGUUUGCUCAACAACAUUUUCACACACAAACGUUUUGUUGUGAGUUUGCUCAACAACAUGUUUGUUGAGCAAACUCACAAUCCUAUUGUACGUUGAAUCAACAUAUAUCUAUUUUUUUACAGUGUAGAUGUAACUUUGUCACGAGCAGAAACCAGCAGUGUGACAUGUAGGAUCAGGAGCACACAAAAUAGGCACAUUGUGACAUCAGAACAAUAGUAAACUUUUUUUUUUUUAACAAACAAAGAAAUACAGUAGUAUGGAUCCUAUUAUUAGUAAGUAUUUUUGUGCUUUAAAUGCCAUAGCUUGAACAUAAUUAAUAUAUGCAUAUGUUGCUUAGUCAAACUUUUCUAAUUUUAGUGAUUUAUAGGUAGAUAUAAAAUAAUACAAUUUUACCCUAGCUAUUGAACUGGAUUAAUUUGACAAAAUAUAUUUAUAAUGGCUUUAACUAUAACAAUUGUGGACUAGUUAAAAGCAAUGCAGUGUUAAGCACUGUUUAAUGGUACUAUGCUUGAAUCAUGAUGUUCGAGAAAUGGACAGUCAACCAAAUGUGAUGAAAAAAAAUCUAGAAAUUCAGAACUGUUCAGAUUUGCACUUGAAACUUUGUAACUCAUUUUGAGUUGUAUUAAAACAUUUCGAGAAAUGA